UGGAAAAACACGGAGGUGUGUUAACGUACGAAUCGCUGAAAGAGAUGACUUAUAUGGACCAAGUAAUUAGAGAAUCGCAAAGAUAUUACGCGUCAGUGAAUAACAUGUACAAAGUAUGUACAGAAGAGUGCACGUUGAAAGGAUCAGACGGGCUUAAGUAUCGUGUGAAACCUGGCACCGAAAUUUUCAUAUCCGUUUAUGGACUGCAUAAGGAUCCGAGGUAUUGGUCCGAUCCGGAGACCUUUGAUCCAGAUCGUUUCAGCGAGGAGAGGAAGCACGAGAUUAAUAAGAUGACAUUCCUCCCAUUCGGCGAGGGGCCAAGGAUGUGCGUGGGAAUGAGAAUGGGACUGCUGCAAAUGAAAUGUUGUUUGGCUACCUUGAUCAAAGGCUAUAAAUUGGAAUUGUCGCCUAAAACGAAACUGCCUUUCAAACUGCUGUCUUUCGUUUUUCUUACAGAAGCAGAAGGCGGAAUUUGGGUAUAUCUGUCAAAACUUCGAUAACAGUCAAACAUGUAAUAUUGUAGGAAUUAUGGAUUCUAAUACACCGCGUGUACGAUGUUUCAUUUUCUUAUUUCAUAGCGAAUUGAAAACCUAGUUAACUUUGCUAUCUCACUAGAAAAUAACAGUUACAAUAGAACAGCAACGAAAUUAGUGAUAACUUACGUAACAACUGAAGUUUUCAAUGUCAAUUUGUCACAUACCAAUAACACUAACCAACACAAAAAUAAUUUUGCAAUAUCCAUCACGUGAUUCUUAUAGAGAUUCUCGUGCUGAACACGAAUCUGGAAACAGAAUUGUUCUAUCACGUACGAUUCUCGAAAAAUUGCAUGAUAGUUCAUAAAAAUGUAUGAUUUUCAGGAAAAGUGAGAUAUUACAGGAAAACUAAGGGAGCGAGGAAGUUCAUUUUGGAACCAAAAGAUAGAGAUGACUUUCCUGAAUAAAUCCAUGUAAAAUACUGUCUACAUUCAUACUUCUUAUCAGUUGUAAAUAAUUGUUAAAUUUCGAGAAAGCGCUGGCUCGAGUACUUUGCGUGUACUAUUUUCGUAUGUAU